UAUGACAAUGAAUGCGAGAUUUGAUCUUCUGGAGUCACUGUUUGCUUUUAUAAAACUUUUACUUCCCUGUUUUAAUUUGUGAGGUUUACAUGCACAGUCAUGUAUGUGCUCAUUUUUAUCCUAGGGAUUUUUAUGUUUUCUUCUGCGUACGAUGCAAGUAACGGCUUCACAACCCGAUUUCCGGGAUUUUAUCUCUACGUAUCGAAUUCAACAGACAAACUUCAAGGUUAUUUAUGUUUUCAUGACAAAAACUAUACCACUACAACGAUACCAGCCGUCAUCAAUAUAAGCUGUCCUGUACAUGGACAAUACGUCAUCUAUUAUAACGAGAGGCCAGUAAAGGAUAACAGAACCGGGUUGUCUACAAAUGCUUUUGUUGAACUCUGUGAGGUUGAAGUUUACGGUUGUUCCGUCCCGCGUAGAUAUGGACCGAGCUGUUCCAAACCAUGUCCGACAAAUUGCGAUGAAUACUGCCACAUAGAAUCAGGGGAUUGUCUUCAAUGUAAGCCUGGCUACAAAGGUCCAAGAUGUGAACAAAAAUGUACAAGUGGAUUUUUUGGUGUGCAAUGUGAAGAGAUCUGUGGUAAUUGCUUGAAUUUCAACAGAUGCCAUCAUAUAAAUGGGACGUGUCUAAGUGGAUGCGAGAAAGGAUACGAAGGCCACUACUGUAACACAACUUGCCGAGAAGGAUACUUUGGGGAGGAUUGUGUCAGUAAAUGUAAUGAGACCUGUAAGGGAUGUAACAGAACAAAUGGCCUUUGUGACAGCGGUUGUCAGCCAGGUUGGGAAGGUGAUUAUUGUCAUGAAGCAUGUACAGAGGAAUACUUUGGAGAAGACUGCAUGGAAGAAUGUAACACUACAUGUAAUGGAUGUAACAAAACGAACGGUGUGUGUGAGUAUGGUUGUCAUCCUGGUUGGAAAGGAACGUACUGCCAUAAAGAAUGCGAUGGUGGAUAUUUUGGACUAAAUUGUUACACGAAGUGUGGAAACUGUUUGAAUUUAGAACAAUGCCAUCCAGUGAAUGGAACAUGUAUGCAUGGCUGUGAUGCGGGUUUUGAAGGUCUUCUAUGCAACAAAACGUGUGAAGACGGGAAAUUUGGUGAAAACUGUCUCAAUGUUUGUAAUAGUACAUGUUAUGGAUGUAACAGAACAAAUGGUGUCUGUGAGAAUGGAUGUCAUCCUGGAUGGAAAGGACAUUAUUGUCAUGAAGUCUGUGAUGAGGGAACAUUUGGUAGAAAUUGUAUGGAGAAUUGUAACAGUACAUGUUAUGGUUGUAACAGAAUAAAUGGAACAUGUGAAACAGGGUGUCAUCCAGGAUGGAAAGGAGAUUACUGUCAUAAAGAAUGCGAUGGGGGAUUUUUUGGAACCGAAUGCAUCAAACCAUGUGGAAGCUGUUUAGAUUUUGGUCAAUGCCACCCAAUCAAUGGAACCUGCUUGUUUGGUUGUGAUGCUGGUUUUGAAGGGGUUUUGUGCAACAAAACCUGCAGAAAUGGAACAUUUGGUCGAAACUGUCUUGAGACAUGUAACAGUACGUGUUACGGUUGUAAUGCAACAAAUGGUAAAUGUGAAACUGGGUGUCAGACAGGUUGGAAGGGAGACUAUUGCCAUGAAGAAUGUGACAACGGUUUCUACGGAGCUGAUUGCAGCGACUUUUGUGGAAAUUGUUUAGAUUCUGAACAAUGCCACCCAGUCGACGGAACAUGCAUAAAUGGCUGUGAUGAUGGUUUUAGAGGGACUUUAUGCAACAAAACUUGUAAGAACGGAACAUUUGGUCGCAACUGUUUAGAGAAGUGUAACAGUACUUGUUAUGGAUGUAAUGGUACAAAUGGUAAAUGUGAAAACGGAUGUUUCCCGGGAUGGAAAGGAGAGUAUUGUCAUGAAGAAUGCGAUGGUGGCUUUUAUGGAUCAGAUUGUAACAUUAGAUGUGGAUACUGUUUGAGCAUGGAACAAUGUAACCCAAUCAACGGGACAUGUAUAAAUGGCUGUAAUGAUGGUUUUCAAGGAGAUUUAUGCAACUCUUCCUGUACAAUGGGAGCAUUUGGACGCAACUGUCUAGAAACAUGUAAUUCUACGUGUUAUGGAUGUAACACGACCAAUGGUAAAUGUGAAACUGGGUGUCAUCCUGGCUGGAAAGGGGAUUAUUGCCAUAUAGAGUGCGGCGGUGGGUAUUUUGGUAAAAACUGUAAAAUGAAAUGUGGACAUUGUCUGAAUGAUGCCCAGUGUUACCAUGUAAAUGGAUCAUGCUUAAACGGUUGUGCACCAGGCUACAACGGAACACAGUGCACUGAAGUCUGCAGUAAAGGGUUUUUUGGACUUAACUGCGUACAAGAAUGCUACUUUUGUACAGAAAGUACCUGUUGGUCACAUAACGGAACUUGUGUUUUGGGGUUAAAACAAGCCUUGGAAGAAGAUAGCUCACAGAUAGUGGGAGGAGCUGUGGGAGCUGUUGUCUUUGUGCUGGUAGUAGCUAUGGCACUCAUAUUGUUUAUUUUUGUGAGGAGAAGGUACAGGAAGCCAGAUACACAAAGAAAAAACUCACGACUUCUACCAGAAAACACUGGAGAGCACCAGAUUAAUAAUGUAUACACGAAUUCAAAUGCUGUGCACGAAUUGAGAAAGAAAGGAGGUCAAACGUACAACUCAGCUGACGAAUUAAAAAUGGAGCAAUUGAUACCUAAUGGAGAAGAAAAAGAAGAUAUCCGUGGGGACAUGGAUGACUUAUAUGUGAACCAACUUAGCUUUUCUCAAAUUUCCAUUGAUCAGUUGGGAGCAGUUAUAGCUGAAAAGAGUGAAAAUGAGAACGAAGGAUUUCGGAAAGAAUAUACAGCCUUUCCAUCUGGCGCAAUACAUAAAUGUGAUGAAGGGAAAAGAACCGAAAAUGUUCCAAAGAACAGAUUCAAAACAACAUUUCCUUAUGAUCAUUCUAGAGUCAUAUUAAGAAGACAGGAUGAGAAUUUAUCAGAUUACAUUAAUGCAAAUUAUAUUGACGGACCAAAUCGGAAGAAAGAAUAUAUUGCUGCCCAAGGUCCAAAACAGAAUACUCUAGGGGACUUCUGGGCAAUGCUUUGGCAAGAGAAUAUAACAACUGUUGUAAUGUUAACCAAUCUGCGAGAAGGGGAAAAAAUUAAGUGUACUCAGUACUGGCCUGAUAAGGACAAACACAUUAACUACGGGACUGUCUCUGUGAAAUGGAUGGAAGAACGAGAGUACGCUUUCUUUGUUACCCGGAAAUUAAAAGUCAUCAAUAAAGAGAUGAAGAAGUCACGUGUUCUGACACAUUAUCACUACACCGCCUGGCCCGACCACGGAACUCCUGAUCCACUGUGUUUAAUCAUAUUCCAUAACCACGUGAUCCGAACACAAUCCAAUCAGAAAAAUGCACCGACUGUUGUUCAUUGCAGCGCGGGAGUUGGUAGAACGGGAACAUAUAUAGCGUUGGACAUACUUCACCAGAUGGGAACCAAAACAGGAAAAGUCAAUGUGGCUGAGUGUGUCAGGAAAAUGCGGGAAAACAGAAUGACCAUGGUGCAGACCUAUGAACAGUACAUCACAAUAUUUCUGACUUUACAAGAAGACUUCAAAGCACCAAUGAAGGUAGACAGCAUAGAAAAUAUCAAGGAGAAAAUAGAAAACACAGGGAAAGACACGCCUAUGAAUCAAGACAUUCUUCGUAAGGAAUUUCAGCUCCUGCAUAAAAUAAGCCCUGUUUAUACUGAGGCAGACUAUAAGUUUUCAAAGCAGAGUAGUGCCCAUAAGAAUAAUGAUGAUGAGAUUCUCCCUCUUGAUAAAUACAAUGUCCACCUAUCAUCCUACGUCCCAAAGAGGGGAAGUUACAUUAAUGCAAUCUCAGUGCCUUCAUUCACCAAGCCGACAGGAUUUAUAGUAACGUCAUACCCUGCGACAGAAGACGCAGUAGAUUUUCUACGUCUGUUGAAUGACCAUGAAUGUGACACAGUCAUCUGUAUGGAUCCAUUGGCAGGAAUUCAGUCAACCAAGGAAUGGUUCCCGCCUACUUCGUCAUCCAAAUUUGUUCCUCCGUUUAUGGUUUACUCUCAGUCACAUUCUAAAACAGAUGUCUCCAGCAGCACCAUUCAGAUUGUUCAUGAUAAAAAAGAGGAUGAGGCACACAUUGUUAGGAUUGUAGAACCAACGGAUAGAAUAAAAUCUUCUGGAGAUUUAUUGGACACGUCACAACUUCGGAAUCUUGUGUCAGCAGCUCUUAACACCGAUUCUGAAAAUCCAAUAGUUGUGAUGAGCAGAGACGGUGCUUCCUUAUGUGGGAUCUUUUGUGCAAUACACAAUGUUUUGGAACAAAUUACUUUAGAUGAAUGUGCUGAUAUUUUCACUGCUGUGAGGCAAAUUCUAAUUAGAAGACCAGAACUUUGCACCAAAAUAGAGGAAUACAAACUGAUUUACAAAGCUGUGAAUGAUCAUUUACAGAGUUCCUCAGAAAACAUUUACUUCAACCAAUAACGUUUUGUUGUAUUGAAUUGAUGGGGUGGAGGUGGCUUAAAAUAAUAUGAAGCUAUCCAACACACAUGUACUUUUCACGGUGUAAUAAAAGAAACUGGAAAAUGACGCUAUCUGGACGACCGGGUCCAGAAAUUUUAACCGCGCACGAUUUUCAUUGGGCGUUUACUAAAUGUUUCCAUUUCCAAGAAUCGUUUGCAUCUUCCUCUCCUAAUUUGAACACGCCAAAAACGUUCCGAGGAUAAUGCAAGCGCGAUAACUCUUACAUGCAGAGCAUUCCAAUGUACAUAGAAUAUUUUAAGUAAAACUUAAAAUUCAUUUAUGUACAAUUGCCAAUGCAUAUUUAUUUUGACAUGAUAACUAAUUUGUGAAACUUUUCGUUCAUUAAUAUUUUCGUUUACUGUCGAGAACCCAACUCACAGUUAUUGUAAUAUCGCAAAAUUUGAAGAAACCGCCUUCACUCUCCAUUCUCAUAAAGAUUCAAGACAUUUAAGUAUGCUGCACUUUGCCACAAAUGUGACUUUAAUUAUAGAAAAUAUUUGUAAUUAAUUAUGUGAUAAUUGAUCAUGAAAUCUAUAAAAUUAUUAAUAAACGACUUAU